AGGAAUCAGAUGACAAUUUUAAUGUUGAUGUCAUGUCGGACCUUUAUAUUUUUGGCGGUUAUUAAUGACGCACAUUCUUCAAUGUGAUCGAUUUGUCCGUUAGGAUGUGUCUUGUUGCCUUCUCUUCCAGUAAGGUUUAACACCAAGGAUGGGUAGCAUGCUCCCGUAAAGCGGUAUGAACCAACAGACAAGAUUACAACAAAUUUAAUAACAAGGAAGUUAUGUUGAAACGUUCCCUGAGGGUUGCUAAAUGAUGUGGAUUCAUUGACUUACAUGCAUAUACUAAAUAAGUAUCACUUCAAAAUACAACAUGAGAUUCUUUCAGAGAUUUGUGUCUCACUCACGUCCUUCAGUGCGCACUUUGUUUGUUGAAAGUCAAAACUCUAAUGUGACAUAUGAAGCCAUGUCACAUUUGAUGCUGAGGUAUAACUUUCAUCCCCUUCAAAAAUCCCAGACAUAUGUCCCAAAAUGUCUCAGUGCAACAUCCCCUUCAGACGUUCUUAUUGGGGCAGAUUUAGAAGAAGUGGAGGAUUUUUCAGCAGGCUGCUGGCUUCAGGACCACCUCCAUCAGUUUGGAAAUGGAAUUUCCGAGUUAGUGACCCCUAGUGCCAGGGAGACACAAGACAUUGAUAAUGAUUCAAUAGACAGUCAAACAUGUUCUGGAAGUGAUGUUACUACUGAAGCUGAUGAUGACUAUCCUGACAUAAAUGAUGAAUAUCGUCCUCUUCUGCAAUUUCAACCUGCUUCAAUAUCUCGUUACACAAUGGUACAAGAACCCCCUCCAUAUGGCUUUGACGAACCACCACCCUCGUACGAGGAGGCAACGCAAGGUUAUGCUGAUCGAUCCAGUUUUAGUAGUUCAAGCAGUUCAAUGGAUUUUGUUCUGUAUUAGAAUGCUAAUUUCCAUUCAUAGUUAUUUGUAUUAAAAGCAUGAGAGAUAUUCAAUUUUUGAAUAACAUUUUAUAAACACUCAAGUACAUUCAUACUUAUAUA